UGAAAUCAACCGGAAGGAAGAUUCCACAACCAAACUGGUUCACCCUCUUACACGUGGUUGCGUUGCUUUCUGAAGACUACAUUUGAGUUACGAAUUAGUCAAAAUGAGGCCGUUAACAGAUGAAGAAACAAAGACUAUGUUUGAAAAGCUCUCAAAAUACAUUGGCGAAAACAUCAAACUCCUAGUUGAUAGACCCGAUGGCUCAUAUUGCUUCAGGCUUCACAAUGAUCGUGUGUACUACUUAAGUGAAAAACUACUGAAGUUGGCCACCAACAUCGCCCGUGAAAAGUUGGUAUCCGUGGGUACAUGCUUUGGGAAGUUCACCAAGACCGGGAAGUUCCGUCUGCACAUCACUGCUCUCGAUUUCCUAGCCCCCUAUGCAAAGUUCAAAGUGUGGGUUAAGCCUGGAGCAGAGCAGUCCUACCUCUACGGCAACCAUGUGUUGAAGUCUGGCCUGGGGAGAAUCACUGAGAAUACAGCACAGUACCAGGGAGUGGUGGUCUACUCCAUGUCGGAUGUACCCCUGGGUUUUGGAGUGGCUGCUAAGACCACUCAGGAGUGCAGGAAAGUGGACCCCAUGUCCAUUGUGGUGUUUCACCAGACAGAUGUGGGAGAGUUCAUCAGGAAUGAGGACACGCUAACAUAGUGGAUCUUAACAUCACUAAUUGGACUGUCAAUCACCAUUAUAAAAUGCUGUUGGAGAGGGUGCUGUCCUUCCACCUUGGGCCAAUACUGUUGGAGAGAGCUACCAGAGUACAGCUGCUGUCUUCAAAUCCCAUUCUGAAUGUAAACUGAAUAUUUUGUGUAGUAAUUGAGCAAAUAAAUACCAAUUAGUUUGUUUGUAAAUCGA